AGUUCAAAUCCCAAGUGCCUCCCCAUGUUGUCACAUUUAUUUCACAAGAGAUUAUGUUGUCAUGUAGUUUCAUGUUAACACGUUGCUUCACAUGUCACAUUAACGUCACGUGUCCACAUGUGAAAUGUACAGUUGAAGUCGUAAGUUAACAUACACCUUAGCCAAAUACAUUUAUACUCAGUUUUUCACAAUUCCUGACAUUUAAUCCUAGUAAAAAUGAUGUCUUAGGUCAGUUAGGAUCACCACUUUAUUUUAAGAAUGUGAAAUGUCAGAAUAAUAGAAGAGAUUUCAGCUUUUCUUUCACCACAUUCCCAGUAGGUCAGAAGUUAACAGUGUAUUAAGAGUGUAUUUGGUAGCAUUGCCUUUAAAUUGUUUAACUUGGGUCAAACGUUUCAGGUAGACUUCCACAGGCUUCCCACAAUAAAUUGGGUGAAUUUUGGCCCAUUCCUCCUGACAGAGCUGGUGUAACUGAGUCAGGUGUGUAGGCCUCCUUGCUCGCACACGUUUUCUCAGUACUGCCCAUAAAGCACCAUCGCUAGCCGUUUCACAUCCAUUACACAGACACUAAACAGAAAACAUGACCCCACAAAACCCAAAAGGAAAAUUACAACUUGUAUGUGAUCCCCAAUCAGAGACAACGAUAGACAGCUGCCUCUGAUUGGGAACCACACAUGGCCAAAAACAAAGAAAUACAAAACAGACUUUCCCACCCGAGUCACACCCUGACCUAACAUAGGGAAUAAAAAGGAUAUCUAAGAUCAGGGCGUGACACCUAUGGUGUUUAUACUUGUGUACUAUUGUUUGUACAGAUGAACGUGUUACCUUCAGGCAUUUGGAAAUUGCUCCAAAGGAUGAACCAGACUUGUGGAGGUCUACAAUUUUUUGACUUGGCUGAUUUCUUUUGAUUUCCCAUGAUGUCAAGCAGAGGCAGUGCGUUUGAAGCUAGGCCUUGAAAUACAUCCACAGGUACACCUCCAAUUGACUCAAAUGAUAUCAACUCGCCUAUCAGAUGCUUCUAAAGCCAUGACAUUUUCUGGAAUUUUCCAAGCUGUUUAAAAGCAGUCAAUAUAGUGUAUGUAGACUUCUGACCCAGUGGAAUUGUGAUAUUGUGAAAUAAUCUGUAAACAAUUGUUGGAAAAAUGGCACGUCAUGCACAAAGUAGAUGUCCCAACUGACUUGCCAAAACUAUAGUUUGUUAACAAGAAACAUGUGGAGUGGUUGAAAAACGAGUUUUAAUGACUCCAACCUAAGUGAGUGUAUGUGUUAUUUUCAAUAAGGGAAUGGUUAUUUUAUUCACAGAAUGCCUCUGAGCUACACUGUCCCAUGACAAUUACCCCAAUUCCAAAUAAAUACCCUUAUCCCUUCCCACAUACACAUUUGAAUCCUCCUUCUAACGUACCUAAUUGACAAAUCUCCCUCUUUAUCUGACAUGCUGAGGUAUGUGUGAUGUCCUCCGUACCCUUCCCCGUAUGUGUGUGUUUGUGUGCUGAUGGUUGUUGACAAUGUGACUUUGGCAUAAAGGAUUGCCAUCCUGUGACGCGGAAACAGAGCAACAAACAUACUGAUGUGAAUAAGCAUACAGUUAAAUACCAAACAUUUAUACAGACACACAGUCGUGAAGAAAUCAAGACAUUGUCCUUGGUAGGAUUUCACAUCUGCACAAAAAACUGAAUAUACUAGGUGCGUGUAGAAUUGUCUACAUACUGUUGAUAGGUAUUUUAAGCAUCCCUGUGUUAUGUUGCUGUAUUAGCAGGUACAAUAAAAAAAAAACAUGCAAUGAGUGUGGAAUUGUAUGUAUAGGCUACAAUAUAUCUGCUAACAGUCCAAGCUAAAGAGCUAAGGCAUCAGGGGACAGAAGGCAUGUGACAAAGCAGAUGACUGCCAGAGUGCCGGGAUUGGCUCAGCGCAGGUGUGACAUCAGCAAGCAGCAUAAUCACUCCCUCCAUUGCUCUCUAUCUCUCUCUCAGUCUGCCUCUCUCGCUCGCUUUGUGUUUUUCUCAUUUGCCUUUCUAACUCAGCAUCCACCUCUCGUUGAUGGCGUGUGUCAGUGCUGUUGGGGCGACUGGGGCCUAACGCGCUGGGCCCUUCCCCCGAUUCUCUACACCUUCCCUGGGCCUCUGUCUCUGCCUCUUCCGUCGGCCCGACAGCCUGCUUGGCUACCUCCCCCACCCCCCGUGUGCUGGUGUCGGGGCUCAAGGGGUGGAGGAGGAGGGAGCAACGACGUUCCGCUUCACUUGGGAGCCGUUCGGCAAUUAGGAAUGCCCUAGACCCGGCAUCAUUUAGCCACUUGGAAUAUCUCGGGUUCCUCCAUCCGCCUGUCUGUCUCUCUAUCCAUCUGUUGGUCUCCCUCCAUCCGUGGAGGGGGACAGAGGAAUGAAAAUCUGCAAUCAUGAUGGAAGGACUGAAAAAACGUACCAGAAAGGCCUUUGGGUUACGAAAGAAAGAGAAGGAUACAGAUUUCACGGGCUCACCUGACAAAGAUGGAGUAAGUGCGAGAAAGAAAAAGACCAACGGGGCUCCAAAUGGCUAUUAUGGGGAGAUUGAUUGGGAUCGAUAUGCAACUCCAGAUGUGGAUGCUGAGGGCUUCAGUCUCAGACCCGGAGAAGAGGGGGAAACAGCUCCCAAAGGCAAGCAGCACUUCUUGUCCUCCAGCGACUCGGAGGACGAGGACGACAAGAGGAAGUUCAAGAUCAAGAUCAAGCCGUUGCCUUCCGACACUGCCAAGUGUGCCGUCCCAUCUAUGGACGAACUGAAAGCUUCAGUUGGGGGCUUGGCUCUAUCUCCCUCUCUGAGGAGAAGUCCGGUCUGUUCUCUCUUCCUUUUUGCUGGUCUCAGAGACGCAGGCUCAAUAAAGAGACACCUGUCUUGUGAGGAGAUUGCCAGACCCAGACGCUCCACCCCUACGCCAAGCCCCGCCCCCGAGACCCAAAGUGAGAGAGUAUCCCAGAGUCGCAGAGCAUCCCCAGCUUUCUACGGGCUUCCUCCGGAGACGACCUCUGAGGCACGCAGAUAUGAUAGUAACAGAAAUGAUGGUGAAGAGAUUGCCAGACCCAUACGCUCCACCCUUACGCCAAGCCCCGCCCUCGGGACACAAAGUGAGAGAGUAUCCCAGAAUCGCAGAGCAUCCCCAGCUUCCUACGGGCUUCCUCCGGAGACGACCUAUGAGACACACAGAUAUGAUAGUAACAGAAAUGAUGUGGUCUGCAUAGAGGCCGAUGCAUGGUGUGACUCCAGACCAUACCCUGACUCCCCUCUGACCAGAUCCUUUCCCACAGGAGCUCCUCCUCCACUGCCUCCCAAGAACAUCCCAGCAGCUAGUCAAGGCUAUUCUUUGACGGAUUCUUCCGCUGAUUUACCCAAUGGGAGAAUAGUCCCAAGCCCCAACCCUAUCUACCUGAAUGUCCAAUCCCCAGCCUCGUACAGGGGUUCCCCUGUGCCUGACCUGGAAAACGUGUUCGGCCCCAUGGAAUCUUCCCAGACCAGUGAGGACAGGGCCUCGCCCCGAUGGAUCAGCUUCAACAGCGAGAGACCGCCCCCACCAGACGAACCGGCCCCGCCUCCGCCCUCUGCCUCUCCUCCUUCCGACUCGCCCCACUCCCUCUCCUCCACCCCAGACUCCCCCUGCCUCUCCCCGGGCCCCCCUCCGGAUGAGCCUCCCCCCUCCCCGCCGUGCUUCUCCUCUCCCCCCGACUCUCCCAUCUCCAUUAUCUCUAUUCCUCCUCCAGAUGAACCCGUUCCUCCCCUGCCUCCCGACUUCUCUCCCGCGGACUCUCGGCCAUGCAUCGGCAUCGAUCCUAGUCUGUUUUUGGAUGAUGAGAUACUGGGGUACUCCCCUGCUCCUUCUGGCUCACUGGAGUACUCCCCUGCCCCUACCAGUCCCAUCCCUCCCCCCCUGCCUGUGGAGCGCUACCCUCGGGCAGGUGUCCCUUCCCCUCUGGCGUUCCUGAGGGAAGAGCAGCCUGACUAUAUGGCCUCGCCCCUUGGGCUGACCCCGGGCUUCAGGGGCACGCCGCCCCCACUCCCCCCGCUCAUCUACAGGUCCAUGGUAUCCUCCCCUGGACCCUGCCCAGGCAGCAGCCCCUCCUCUCCAGCUCGUCCUUCCACGCCCCUGUCAGGAGGCAGUCCAAUCCCUCCUCCUCUUCCUACAAGGCCUUCCUCUCGACCCAAACUGCCGCCUGGGAAACCAAUAGGAGACCUGACUCGACCCUUCAGCCCCCCAGUCUCCGGCAGCCCCCCUCCCUUCGCCCCCCUGGCCCGGGCUGAGAGUUCCUCCUCAAUCUCCUCCAUCACCUCAUUGAGCGCAGGCUCCACCCCCACCUUGGGGAGAGAACUCAACAUAUCCACCACAGAGGAAAAACAGCCAGCCAUGGUAUGGUUUGACCAUGGCCGGUUUUAUUUGUCUUUCGAAGGAUGCUCCAGAGGACCCAGCCCACUCACCAUGGGAGCCCAGGACACUCUGCCUGUGGCGGCUGCCUUCACCGAGACCAUCAACGCCUACUUCAAAGGAGCCGACCCCAGCAACCGGCAAAGCGACCCUCAUCAGAAUAAAUGCAACAAGUGUGUGGUAAAGAUCACUGGGGAGAUGGUGCUGUCUUUCCCUGCGGGCAUCACCAGGCACUUUGCUAGCCACCCGUCUGCCCCUGUGCUCACCUUCAGCAUCAGCAACUACAGCCGGCUUGAGCAGGUCCUCCCCAAUCCACAGCUACUGUGCUGUGACACCACCAUGUCCAAUGUGGACACCAAGGAAUUCUGGGUAAAUAUGCCAAACCUGAUGAGCCACCUGAGGAGAGUGGCUGACCAGAAGCCUCAAGCAACCUACUACAAUGUGGACAUGAUCAAAUAUCAGUUUCUGUCUCAGGUGGCAGCCGAUGGGAUCCAGUCGACUCCCCUGAACCUGGCAGUGAGUUGGCGUGGCGACGCCACCAGCACGGAUCUCAGGAUAGACUACAAAUACAACAUGGAGGCCAUGGCCGCCCCCUCACCCCUCCACAACAUCCACUUCCUGGUCCCUGUGGACGGGGGCGUGCACAAGCUUCAAGCCAUGAUCCCCACUGCUACCUGGAAACCAGAGCAGCAGAAAAUUCUAUGGAAGAUACCAAGCCUUUCCCAGAGGUCUGAAAAUGGAGGAGUGGGGGCUCUACUGGGUAGGUUCCAGUUGACAGAGGGUCCCAGUAAGCCGUCCCAGUUGGCGGUGCAUUUCACCAGCGAGGGCAGCACUCUGUCAGGCUGUGACAUCCAGCUGGUGGGGACUGGCUACAGGCUCUCGCUGGUCAAAAAGAGAUUUGCAGCAGGGAAAUAUCUGGCGGACAACUAGUCACCACUGUUGUAAAAUGACACCCUUUCACCCAUACAAUGGCUUUUGAUUGUGAGGAUGAUGAGAGUCUACUACGGAUUCCUCAUUCAAGCUACCAACUGAAAAAAACAACUGAAACCUUACACUUGAGCAGGGAAGGGUGGACGAUGGGAUAGAAGCAACAACAGGAUGUGAUGUAAUUCACAAAGUUGACUGGAGUAAUCACUUUGUUUUAACACACUCAAUACAGUAGUCUCACUGUUGGGGUUUAUGCAAGUAGUACAGCCCUUUUCCGUUCUGUGCACCUUGAGGGUUGUCGAGGCAAAGAUAAUGAAUUCAACACUUACUUUUAUCAAAGUAAUUUAUCAUUGGCACCGCAUACAGUAAUCCAGUUUUAUUUGUGAGAAGAAACGUGUGAAUGGGUGAUGGUGGAAGAUUCACUGGACAGAUUUAUGUGAAAAGAUAGAUACUGUUAACAUUCAUUGAUAAUUCAAUAGAUUAUGAAAAGAACUCCAUUCGCUAUGAUGACAUUUAGAAUUUUAUUAUUUUAUGCUUUUUCUUUUUUAAUUUCUCGGGUUGGUAAAACUAAUAUUGUACCAGCAGGUUGAGGCCCACAACUUGGAGUCAACGUGGAAACAGCAUUAUGUAUGUGGUGGUUGUGUGUUUGCUGGGAGGUCAAGUGGUUAAUGUAAUGGUACACAUUGUUUACCUGAUUUGUACCUGAUUUUACCUGAUUUGUGGAUGACAAAAACAAAGCAGGCUGCCUUACAGGCUGGAUAGUAGAGUUGCCUUGGACCAGAGAAAUGACUGAUCUGUUUGUCCCUUAGAGUUGUGUCCAUCUCCAGGAGGCCUAACCAAGCAAAACUGGUUGAAAUGACAUCAUUACAAUGAGAAACUGGUUGAAAUACGUUCUUUAAUGGCGUCAAUUCAACCAGUUUGAACCAGUUUGGCCUCACUGGGAAGUAUAACCGAAGAACAUCAACGAAGAUGGAAAAAGUGCUACAAUAAUUAUUUAUCCAAAAUAGAAUACUAAUGUACGUAUAUGUAAUGGAAGCCCCUAAUGUUAUGUUUCUUUUGUUGUUAUUUUCCACCGUGUGGAGUAAAUAGGUGUUUUAUCAUUUUCCAAUAGCAAUAUAUUGAAAAUCAAUUUGUAAAAAAGUGUAAAUAUGAAAGAUGUUUCCCUUUGGACAUAUGGAUGUUUCUGUGUAUUGUCAAAUAAGAGAUAUUCUAUACGGUGGUGUUAGCCUUCAGAAUACAUAACCAUUUAAAAAAUGCAUCAUUUUAAGUUUCAUUUCGAAAAAACAUGGAUUUCUUGUAAUAUACUGUGACUGUCCAUGGUUUUAAAAAAACGAACAAAAAAACUCCAAAGGUACAGCAUGAAAUCUGCGUUACUCAAAAAGUUGUUUUUGGUUCCAUUUUAUUUCAAGACAUUAAGGACGCACAGCAGCACACAAUAUGGAGUUGAAGAAAAAAGAUCCAUCAAGAGUCGUCUCCUUAUCCGACGCUAUUCCAACCUAGCCUGGUUAAACCAAACAGUAGUGAACAUAGCAUUCAGUCUCGUUUAACCAGGCUAAUUCAGACCUACGCCUUUUAGAUAGUAAUUGUACUAUGUGAUUGCCUUCACUGUAACUUUUAGUCACUUCAUCGUGUUUGACCGUUCACCUAAAGCUUUGACCUUUGGCAUGAAUUCCAACAACAUUGUCACACUUCCAUGAUAUAUUGCAGUUAAUGUCCUCUUGUGUUUUCUCCUGAUUACAGUACAUGGGAUUUUAAAGGUGAACAACAGGGGGAACAGUCAUUGAUCAUAUCAAUCAAAAUCAUUUUGGUUUAUUACAAGAAUUCAGGGAGAACAUCUCCCGAGCAGAAGCCAAGAGACAUUUCUAAUUCCCCUUCUCCAAGCAGACCCUUAAAUUCAAAUCUGGUCGCACCAAUAUUCUCUAAACAACAGCCAGAGGCUUCUACAAAGUCACGACAAAGGACAGUGACUUUUGCCAGCUGCUACAAAAUCACACAAUGUUCAUCAUUUCAUCAAUAUAAUAGCUGUGUCUCCUCGGCUCCGUGUACCUCCAGUCUGACGUCAAUCAUUAUCAACAAUAUGACUUUCAUACAUAACAUACAGCAUCCAGUCUAGUGACCAUCAACCUGUGACACAAACGAGUGUCACAAAUAGAAUACUUGAAAUCAUGUGUAUUACAUAAAAAGGCAACAUAUAAAUAUGCUAAGAAUUGUGUUAAUUACUCUUAACUGAAUAUUAACUUUAUUACACCAACAACAAAUUAUUUUGCAUAACUAUAAUUGUUAUGCUCCAGCCCAUCUCGAGGAGAAAAUGUUUAGUGUAUUAUUUUAUGCAUUUUGACAUCAUUAUAAUAUUAAUAGCCUUACAUUACCUCAGAUGUUACUACUCAUUUCCAAAUCAAUAUAUUCAAAAGAAGUCACAAACAAUGACAAACACCGCUUUUUGUCCUUGAUAUUAUCACUAACUAUGGUAAUAUGACUUUUUUUGUCCUGGUUGCAAACUUUUAUUUCUUUGUUUGAGCCUUACUGGACCUUAAAAAAGAACGCACAAAUAUCAAACUUCUCUCCAGAUAUGUAGUAGUAGCAAUUUAUAAAGGUUUCGAUAAUGCUGACAUGUUUUAUUAUUUGCCUUAUUUUGGAUUAGCAUAUUUCCAGCCAGUAAGAGACUUUCUGUAUGUUUUUGUUCUAUGAAAUAUUUUUUUCUGUCUGUAUUUUAUUCACUGCAUAGGACACAUUUCAUGUAAACAUUUCAUGUAAAUUUCCCAUCCAAAGAUUUUAAGAGUGAAAAUAUUUAAAAAAUGAAUAUAAUGUGAUAACUUUACCUGGUUUACUCGGUAAUAAAGAAUGGGAGAAUA